CCUGUAGUCCAUAUUUGGUUUCUUCUUGCCAAAUUCGUUGUUUUUUUGUAGUCUUCACAUUCCUCACUUGCUUAAAACUACAUCAAAAUUCACAGAAAAUUCACCACGUGUCGAACUGUCAGAUGAACAAUGCUUUAGUGAAGCUGGAGCAAUUUCCCCCCUGACAUUAACCAUAUAUGGUGUGUAAGCGAGAACAUGCGGGACUGGCGCGGUAUUUGAUUUUGACGAAGAAAGCUUCACUUCCUAGUUCUUAUCACCACUUAUUACCUCAUUUUUCCUGGUGUAUUUAUGGCAGCUACGAGGCUGCCCUCACCGGUAUUUUACGUGGGAUCAUAACGAAAUGUCGAAUAGAUCGUGUGAAGAUGAUUUAGCGAGCGAAAUACUUGACAUGCUACGUAAAAAGGAGCUCUCUUUGCCAAAAUUCAAGGCUUCCUCUCCUCAGCUUUCGGUACGUCGAUACUUGGUUGAUUGGUUGGCAAUCAUCUUUGAAAAGGUUGGCUCCUCGUACGGAAUCUUGCAUUUAAGUGUCUCGCUGAUGGAUUAUUUUAUGGACAAUCAUGACAUCCCUGAACCACAACUGCAUCUGGUGGCUCUUUCCUGCUUUCUGAUAGCAGCAAAGUUUGAUGAGAUUGAAAACAGGAUUCCCACAAUAGAACAGCUCAACUCGUUUGUCCAAAAUUCAUUUGAGAGAAGUGAAUUUCAUGCUAUGGAAUUGCUUCUUCUUGAUCAUUUUUCAUGGAGUGUCGAUUUGCCAACUGCCGCAAGUUUUGUAGAUACAUUUUUAGUUUCUUCAGUUUUGAGCGACGAUAUCCACUCGGGUCAACCACUAACUAACUGUACCAAAGCAAAAGUAUAUGUCAAAAAAUAUGUUCAUUACUUCUUGGAAAUAUCGUUACAAGAUCACAGGUUCCUGUUGUUUAAACCAUCAGUGGUGACGGCAGCUGCUGUGGCUGCAGCAAGGUCUUGUCUGCAUCUAACGCCAACAUGGAAAUCUGCAUUGAUCGAACUUACAAAAUUUGAAUUUUUUGAAAUAUGUGAAUGCGUCGACCUCAUGCUCAAGGCCCAUGAUGCAGAUGAAAAAGCCAUGUGUACUACAUCGAUUGUGCAGCCAAACAAAAAUUAAGUGUGUUAUAUAUUAAAUAAAAGGUAUAGAUAUGAUUUAAUAAGGUCUAGAUAUAUAUAGUAAUUUCACGAAAGACAUCCCUCGUUUUGUUGGUGUUAACUUGUCAUGAAAAAGAUAAAAGAUCUGGUGUCGAGGAUGUCCAUAAAAUUGAUAGUGUGCUAUUGUUGAAGAAGAAAAACCGAAUGUUAAUUGUUGUUGCAAAUGAUAAUUUUAUAGUCUAGAAUAGCAAUGAUAUUAUUAUAGUGUACAAGUUGAAAAAUAUACAAUGCUUGCUAUA